AUGAAGAACGAAAAUGUUUAUGAACCAUAGAAAUAAUUUAACAAUUAGGACAACCAUUUUAAUCAGUUUAAACCGCAGCCUUAAUAGAUAAUAAAUUAAUAAGUUUUUGUUAAAAAUUAAACUUUUUAUUGUUAAUAAACUUCGAUUUAACAAGAAAAGGCUUAAACAUUUUUUUAAUUAAGCUUCCCACCUUAAAAUAAUAAUAAUCAAUUAAAAUUUAAGCAAGUUGGAAAUUAGUAAUAUUGGCUAAAAGAUAAAUAAAUUGGUUUAGAGGGUAUAAUAUCUGAGGGGAAAAAUUGCUAAACAGGUGAAAUUGUUGUUAUUAAGACUUAUAACACUAUGUCUAAUACUGAAAUUGAAUUAUUAUAAUAGCUAAAAUUAACUGAAUUAUAGCAUGUUAUUCGAAUCAAAGAUUUCAUAGUUUAAUAAAAUGAAUAAAUAUUAGUAAUGGAAUAAGGGAAAGGCGGAUUGGAUGAACUUAUUUAAGAGGAAGUCUUUAAGAAAAUGAGUAAUCAAGAGAAAAAUUAGUUAUUCCUUUAAGUAUUAUAUCAAAUUUAUGAUUUAUAGAUACUAUUAGGAGUCAAUGAAUUAAAUAAAAUGGGUUAUUUUCAUCGAGAUCUUAAACCAUAAAAUAUUAUUUAUUUUGAGAAUUCAAAUAAAAAAAUAAGAUUAAAGUUGAUAGACUUUGGAUAAAUUAAGAAGUUGGGAGCUACUAAUUCUAUUUAGAAAGGAACUAUGUCGUAUAUGGCUCCAGAAGUUGCUUUAAUGUCUGAUAAUUAUUAAUACGAUCAAAAAAGCGACAUUUGGUCUCUGGGAAUUAUUUGGUUUGAAAUGAUUACAGGUUUUACAAUGUUAUAAGGUAAUAUUUAUAAAUUGAUAUUAAUUAGUUAAAGGAGAUAAAAAAUUUAUUUAAAAAUUAAAAUCUCUUACCCAAAAUGAUAUAGACAAAAUAAUUGAUAAUAAUCCUUAUAUUUAAGAUUUUGAAAAAGGACUAAUUAAAAAAAUUUUAGUUAAAGAUCCCAAUUAUCGAAUCGAAAUUUUAAAAAUUAUAGAAGAUUUAAUUAACAAGAAUCAAUUACUUGAAAAAGAAAGUGAGCUAUAGCUUUUAAUAAGAGAAUCUGAAGAAAAAUUUAAUCAAUUAAAAAAUAUUGUCUAAAAAAUAAAUCACAAUUUUCCAGACUAUGAAUCUUAUAAAUAAAUUUCAAGCAAGAAAAUUGAGAUUUAAUUAUAGAUAGAAGAAUAAAUUAAGAAUUUAAAAUAAUUAAAAACUUAUGCUGAAAAAGAUAAAGAAUUAUUUCUUUAAUCAAUAAAAGAGAAUGAAUAGAAAAUAGGAGGUUAGAUGAAAUAAGAAUUAAUAGCAAAGCUCUAAUCUAAACUAAAUCAAUUAGAAGAAAAUGAUAAAGAAUUAAAUUCAAUUAUUAAAUUUGUAAAUAAUUAAUAUCUAAAAAAUCAAAUUUAUGAAUUAUAGAAUAACGAAAUAGUUUUUCAAAAUAUAAAAGUAUUAAAUGAAAAUAUAGAAAAAUUUUAGAAUACAAUUAAUUCGAUUAAAUUGAAAUUAAAUUAAACUGAUAUAAUGUAAUAGAUAGAAAAGACAAAAGAACUCAAUCUAUAAAUUGAAUAAUCGCUUCAAAUAAAUCAAAAAUUGAAUCAAUUUGAAAAGAUUAAAUAGGAUUAUAAUUAGAACUUUAGUUAAUAUAAAUUUUUGCUUGCAUCGACAAUUUAUAUUCUAUUAUAUCAUUUGACUAAAAUUUUUUAAAGAAUAAAACAUGAUUACUCUAGAUAAAAAAAUAACUAAUCUUAGAUAUCAAUAAUUAAAAGGGGAUAAAAUGAAUAAGAAUACAUUAAAAAAUAUCAGGAAGCUUAAUAACUUAAAGAAAUAUAUGAAAAAUAAAUUACUAAAGAAUAAUGUGAAAUGCCUCCAGAGGAGAUGGAAGAUCAUAAAAAAAGCAUCACAAUGUAGAUUGAUUAACUAGAGAAAAAUAUAAAAAUAAAGAAUUUAGUUAAGUUAAGACCAUGUAUAAAAAACUAAUAAUUCAUUAAAUUUAGAAUUGAACCAUUCUUUGAAAGCAAAGAAUUUAGAACUAUGAGCUUUUUUGAUGAUAUUCUAUUGCAAGGGAGAACCCAUGCUCAAACUGAAGGACAUAUAGAUUUUUUAUGA